GUUAGUAUUGGAAAUGAGUCAGUCGAGGCAAGGAGUACGCCGCCGGUGACGAUCCCCAAAUAUUGCAGAGUAUUUCAAAAGUGUGAUGAAAUAAGCCCCAACUUUGCCAAAACAAACAAGAGCAAUUUCUGCGAAGAUGCUGGAAGUUAGUUUAAUCACGGUGGGGGUGGUGCUCACGCUGGCAGCCCUGGCGUACCGUUACAUUACGCGAAAUGAUUUUUACUUUGCGGACAAGGCGAUACCGUUCAUGAAGCCUACGUUUGCGCUAGGGAAUUUGGGCCCGUUGAUGCUGAAGAAGAGGAAUAUACUGGAACACUUUAAGAUAGUGUACGACAGUUUCCCCGAUGCCAAGGUGUUUGGAUUCUUCAACCUGACGGAACCCCUCUACAUGGUGCGAGAUCCGGAAAUGGCAAAGAAAAUCGCCGUCAAGGACUUUGACCACUUUGUGGACCACACGGGAAUGACGGGGGCCAGCGAGGCCGUUGAGAACUCCCACAUGUUGGUCACCAACACUUUGGUCGCGCUUCGUGGCAACAAGUGGCGCGAUAUGCGAGCAACGCUGAGUCCUGCCUUCACCGGCAGUAAGAUGAGACAGAUGUUCACGCUGAUUGCCGAGUGCGGCCAAAGCAUGGUGCAGUUUUAUCAGGACAAAACCCGAAGCGAGGGCCCUCAGGUGGUCGAAACGAAGGAGUUGUUUUCGCGGUUUGCCAACGAUGUGAUCGCUACGGCAGCUUUUGGGUUGAAGGUAGAUUCGUUCAAGGAGCAGGAUAACGAGUUUUACACUCUUGGCAAGUCGGUUAGUCAGCCAACGGGAGUGGUAGCGGCGUUGAAGAUGCUUGGCUACACGUUGGCACCGAGGCUGAUGGUGAAGAUGAACGUGGACUUCCUAUCCCGCGAGCAGGACAGAUUCUUUCGCGGAGUGGUCCGUGAUACCAUGAAGACUCGGCAAGAGCAGAACAUCUAUCGUCCCGACAUGAUCGAACUUUUGAUGCAAGCCAAAAAGGGAAGCUUGAAGCACCAAACUAUCUCGGAAGACCAACCCGCGGUUGAAGGAUUUGCCACCGUCGAAGAAUCACAAGUUGGUCUGCGCAACCACGAUCGUGUCUGGACCGACGAUGAACUAGCAGCACAGGCGUUCAUCUUCUUCUUCGCCGGCUUCGAGACCGUCUCAAUAACCCUCUCACUGUUCAGCUACGAACUUACCAAAAACGCAGAUAUCCAAGCCAAGCUCUACCAGGAAAUCCUCGCAACCGAGCAGCAACUCAACGGCCAACCUCUAACCUACGAGACGCUUCAGAGCAUGAAGUACCUGGACAUGGUCACGUCGGAAGUACUCCGCGUGUGGCCCAUCGGAACGCUCGUCGAUCGGUGCUGCAUCAAGGACUACGUGUACGACGACGGCCAGGGUUGCCGGUUCACGAUCGAAAAGGGAAAAACUGUCUUCGUCAGCAUCGUCGGUCUACACAACGAUCCGCAGUACUUCCCGAAUCCGGACAAGUUCGACCCGGAACGGUUCAGCGACGAGAACCGGCACAACAUCAAGCCGAACACGUAUCUGCCGUUCGGAAUUGGCCCGCGAAACUGCAUCGGGUCCCGGUUUGCGCUGAUGGAGCUGAAAACGAUUAUCUACUAUCUGCUGCUGAACUUUAGCUUCGAGGUACACGAGAAGACGCAAAUUCCGCUGCGCAUGGAAAAGUCACCGAAUCGGUUGACACCGGAGAAGGGCAUCUGGCUGGAGUUGAGGCCUCGCAGUGGACGGACGAAAAAUUAAUACAAACUUGUUGAUUUGAGUUAUUUAUUAUCAAAAAUAUGAGAUAUAAA